ACUUUUUUUUUUUCACUAAAAAACCCUCUCUUGCUGGUCCUUAGUCCUUAAUCUGAUUCAUUCCCAUUCCCUCCCGGUAGCCUUCACAGACUAAAGAAGAGAAACAAAAGCAAAACCAGAAAUGGCGACAACACUCGCAAGCAGAGCUGCCCAAAAUCAAAGUAUUGGGCUAUUGAGACUGUCAUUCAACUUCUUGAGAAACCUUUCCACUGCCACUUCGACUCAAAAACCUGGCGCCUCCUCUUCAGAUUCCAAAAAGCCCAAGAGAAAAAGGAAGAAGAACCUGUUCGAGGUAGCUCAGUUCUUACCCAACUGGGGGCUUGGUUACCACAUGGCCAAAACUCAUUGGACUGAUGUUUCGUAUCAGAUCACCAAGAUCAAUCUUUACAAGGAUGGAAGGCAUGGCAAGGCUUGGGGAAUUGUUCACAAAGAUGGCUUGCCAGCUGCAGAUGCUCCAAAGAAAAUAAGUGGAGUUCACAAGCGCUGUUGGAGAUACAUUCCACAUUUGUCAAAACCUGGAGAGACCACUUCGACCUUGGUGAAACCAACAGAAAAUGCCCCAAAGCCUGAAGCUCAAGUAGCUUGAUGCAUUGCCUUAAAUUAUGGAUGCUAGUAACAUGCUAUUGUAUUGUCCUCAGCUCAUUUCUUUGCAUUCCAUAGGCAUAUAGUUAUUUUCAGAUUUGGUAGUGCUUUACAAUUUAUAUCUGGAUGCACUUAGAGUUUUCAUGUACUAUCAACUCCGUGCUUUGAAACACUCAAUUUUUAAUGGCACAAAUGGGAAAUCUUUAGUUAGAAACUAAAAGUUUUGUGAACGAGUUACAUUUAUUUUAAAAGUUUUCUUUUGUUUGAAGUGGCAUUCUGCUAAGUUGCCUGCUUCGACGCUUGUGCAUGUCUUGUAUUUGGUUUUAAUGACCAUUGACAAUCCAUGAACUGUCAAAUGGUCUUAAAUGUCACUUGAUCCGGCAAUAUUACCAAGUUAGUUCUCAUCCUUAGAAACCAAAGAGUGUAAUAGGAACAUUAAUCGUGAUUAAGGUUGCCAGAAAGACAUGGAAAUGAAGGUUGGUAUCAUCAUAUAAAAAAUUUUAGAUAGACCUGUUGAUACAGGGCUUCAAUGUCUUUUACGGUUGUAUGCUUUGUGCAAGAAGUUGAAUGUUGGUUGGUUGCAGAAUAACAGUUUCGAUCAGUUUCCUCCUCUUAUGCUAGUUAUUACUACAAAGUAUUUAUACGUAUGGAAUGCGAGGCCUGGGAUCAUUGAGCAAGUAUAGCUGUACAUUCCUCCUGCCAUUUUUUUGUGAAUGUAACGAGCAGACUUUUAUGCUUAAUUCACUAUAACGUCAAACGUGAACUGUCCAGUUGGUCAAUCUUAUGCAUUACAAAGACAACUUGAGG